AUGACAUUGACCUCUGCCGCGGAGGCGUCACCGAGCGUACAGACGGUGUCACUGCUCCACAUGGUUCGGGGACUAGGAGAGGUGGUGAUGACCCGGAAGUCCGGAUGGUCUCUGCAGGCUGUGAUAGUAGGGAAGGCUGCGAUGGCAGUGAAACGUAUUCAAGGGAUGGUGUACGUUCGGUACCAGAGACUGGAAGUGAACCGCCGAAUGACCGAUCCUUCAUCCGAGUACUCGGCUUUUGCAGGAAGUCCGCCAAUCACGCAACUCGUCUUCUAUGUGCUGCAAGUGCGCAGGAGUCUAUUCACAUCAUGUGUAAGAAAUUCAUCCCUUGGUGCCUCCACUACAGACGUUGUUUCUGCGGAACUCAUUGUGUUCAGAGACUGUGAAUCAAAUAUUAAACCUACAGGACGUGAAGUCGACGCUCUCGAUGAAAGUAGCGUUGGGACAGUAGCUGGUGACUCAAAGACUCUCGGUGCAAAAACACAGCUUCUCAUGGAAGCAGAUAUACCAUUCCCUUCAUACGGGGUGCUCGGGGUCAAACUGCUCGGAGACGUAUACGAUACGCUGCUCGCAACCUCAGAGCCUCGAAUGGAGUCACUUAGCGUGAGGCUGCUUGGUGCUGGUGUUCUUUCAGGAACUUGUGCAGGCGGCACAGCAAGUAGGGCCGUGCAAGGGUUCAGAGUAGUAAUCCGGCCAGACGAAGCACUUAAGCUACUUGCCGUCGACACGGAGCUCGGCGUCGGUGGAUCAGUGACGCUGCUCGUCGUAUUCGCACUUGUCGAAGUCGGCGUCGCAGUCGAGCUGAGAGCUGGAACUCCCAAGUCCUUGAACAGGAGAGGACUAGGUUGUUCGGACAACAUCUCGCUCGCUCCUGAGCGCAUUAAGGACGUUUCAAAACUGACAGACCUUGACUUCAGCGUUCUUGAUGAUACCGGCUUAUAUUCCAUCGAUGUUGGUGAAGACGGCGACGAUGGUGUUAAGGGAGCUGUGGUGAUUGACGGUGAAGACGGGGACGAAGGAGGAGGCCUACUAGAUACACUUGACGGUGUCAAAAAGAUGGAGAUUUCUCCCGUCUCGUACUCCGUCUAUAGAGCUUUGAUUGCUGUUCUGUAUUCCGUAGAUGGAAUACUCUUGCUAGACAGAGUUGGCGUACCAGGUAAAGGAUGCGUUAGGAAGAUAUUGCUCUCGCUCCCAUUUUCUGGCAUUUGUAUAUGUAUUCUUGGUCUCAUCACUAUUCUCUCCAUCGAGUCUCUUGUCACCGACCUUGGAGGACUUGUCAUGGUUGCAGAGUCGGAUGACACCGAUCUCUCCUGA